UUUCACUUUGUCAUCCGCGAGAGAGAGAGAGAGAGAGAGAGAGAGAGAGAGAGAUGCAGCUUGCAUCUCUGAUACCUAAUAGCGCUAAUGGUACCUGUUGCUUCCCAAAGGGUGCAGUGAAACAAGGAGGACAGAACCCAAUUGUUCAAAAACAAGAACAAUGGAAGUUCCUCAAGAGCUUGGCUCCACCUCUAAUGGCUGCUGCAGUUCUGGCCUUAUCUCCAAUCUGCAUCACCCCUGUCUCAGAUGCACAAACCUUAGAUGUUCAAAAAGGAGCUGCAUUGUUUCAUAAAACUUGCAUUGGAUGUCAUGAUGCAGGCGGAAACAUUAUACAACCAGUUAGCCUCCACUUAUCUGGUGCAACACUCUUUACUAAAGAUCUACAGAGAAACGGAGUUGACACCGAAGAGGAGAUAUACCGUGUGACUUACUUUGGCAAGGGAAGAAUGCCUGGUUUUGGUGAGAAGUGCACGCCAAGGGGCCAGUGCACAUUUGGAGCCCGUUUGCAGGAUGAAGAGAUAAAGCUUUUGGCUGAGUUUGUCAAGUUACAGGCUGAUCAGAACUGGCCAAACAUUUUAAUUGGAGAAAAAUGACUUCUUCAAUUAAUUGCAUUGCCGACUCAAGUUUUUGGUAAAACGGUUCUUUGUUCGUUGCAUGUAUUCAAUCAGUACAUUAAAAUGGUUCUUGCUUGCAUUGCAACAAACAUCAAGAUUUUCAUCAAGGUUUGGUUGGCAAGGUUGUGUGCCUUGUGGUAGCCAUUGACAGAUAAUGCUUUCAGCUCCUUGCAUUGUUUUAAGAAAUGGGUUGGGCUAAACUAAUUUUGUAGGACAGUAAAGGGAAAGGCACUGGGUUGGGCUAAAUGCCAAGUGUAAUUGAAAGGGUGGACUGUUGGAUUUUUUGUGGUUGGUUUGGGUGAUGGAGGGUGCCCCAACCCUGAAAUAUACAUGUUUUCAAAAUCGAACUUGUAACUUGGAGAUGGAUUCAAACUCUAGACUUCAUGCAA